AUGGUCCCAAUUACCAUUAUCCUCAAAACAAUAUUUGCAAUAACAAUUUCUUUCAUUCCUUUCUCUACAUGUGACCUUAUCUCACCAGAAGCCACAAGCACUGCCCAUAGUACCGGUCUAACUCUUGACCUAAUCCACAGAGACUCGCCUCAAUCUCCAUCCUACGACCCCUCACUCUCCCAUUCUCAGCGCCUCACCAACUCCUUCCUCAGGUCUCUCAAACGCCUCCACUAUUUCAAUUCCCAAAAUACCCUCGCAUCAUCCCUGCCCGAUACCGACCUCGUCAAUGCUGCUGGGGAAUACUUACUAAAAUAUUCCCUCGGCACCCCACCCGUCCCGUCCCUUGGCAUAGCCGACACUGGCAGCAACCUCAUAUGGACCCAAUGCCAGCCCUGCCUCACUUGCUUCAACCAAACCCUACCCAUCUUCACCCCAAAAGCCUCCUCCACUUACAAAAAGGUCCUCUGCAAGACCCCAGCCUGCACCUCCUUCCCAGGCAGCAGCUGCAGCACGACCCGCGGGACCUGCGCCUACUCCGAGGAUUACUUGGAUGGGUCGUACUCUCGUGGCGAGCUGUCCACGGACACUUUCGGGUUGGGUGGGGGCAAAACCGUCUUUUCUGUCCCGAACGUCGCGUUCGGGUGCGGGUUCAAAAACAACAUCAAAUUUUUCGACGGUGGGGAGUCGGGUAUAAUCGGGCUCGGCGGCGGGCCGCUCUCCCUCGUCCGGCAGCUGGGCCCGCUCGCACAGGGGAAAUUCUCAUACUGCCUGCUAACGGUCUCUGACAAGUCGAGCACGAGCAGGCUGCACUUCGGGGACCGGGCCCUGGUCGCGGGCCCAGGGACGGUAUCGACCCCUCUGGCCCGGAAGUCGCCACAGACGUUUUACUACGCGACGAUGGAAGGGAUAAGCGUUGGGGGCCAGAGGCUGGGGUUUAACGACGGGCCGGGCCCGGCCCAGGAAGGGAACAUCAUAGUGGACUCGGGGACUACGCUGACGCUGCUGCCGCCGGGGUUGUAUGGGAGGCUGAGGGAGGCGGUGAAGAGGUCGGUGAAUCUGAGGGAGGUGAAGGACCCAAAGGGGGUGCUGGACCUGUGCUUUAUGAGCCGGGAAGACAAGGUGCGGAUUCCGGACGUGGUGGUUCAUUUUAAAGGGGCGGACGUGAAGUGGGGGCAAGACAAUUUGUUGGUGCGGACAAGCGAUGAGUCGGUGUGCCUGGCGGUUCUGCCGUUUGAGGGUGGUGCUAUUUAUGGUAACGUGGCGCAGGGGAACUUCUUGGUGGGGUAUGAUCUGGAGGCAAGGACUCUGUCCUUUAAGCCGGCUCAAUGUGCCCAAUCCUGA